GCUAUGGUGAAUCAGAAUUCACAUAUUAUGGUAGCAUGGGACCCGAUCACUGGAGUGAACAUUACAAUCAAUGUGCCGGGAAACAUCAAUCUCCAAUUAAUAUCAAUGAUGUUGAUGUUAUCGAUCGUAGUUAUCCCGAGAUAAAAUAUGAAAAUUUCGAUAAGAAACCGCUAAAUGCUACCAUGACCAAUAAUGGACACACAGUCCAAGUGAAAUUGAUCUACGAGGACGAGGGACCACUUAUAUCAGGUGGUCCACUAACUGGAAAGGGCAUUUAUGCUUUCCAACAGUUACAUUUCCACUGGGGCGAAGAUAACAGUGUGGGCAGUGAGGAUCGCAUCAAUAAUGUUUCGUUUCCCAUGGAAUUGCAUAUCGUAUUUCGUAAUAUACGAUAUAAGGAUUUUGCCGAGGCAACGCAAAGGGAUGAUGGUGUUGUUGUAAUGGCAUUCUUUUAUGAGAUAAGUUCGGAUCAAGCGGCCGAUCAUGACUAUGAUACGUUUACGAGCAAUUUGGAAAAAAUUGAAGAGCCCAAUUCAGUGGUCGUUAUGGACACCCUGACAUUGUUUGGUUUAAUGCCGGAUAAUCUAAACAGCUACUAUACCUACAUAGGUUCCCUUACAACACCACCCUGCAGUGAAGAUGUAAUAUGGCUGGAUUUCAACUCACCCAUUUCUAUAUCAGCCAAAUUGCUGGAAAGAUUCCGCUCCCUGAAGACCUUCGAUGGCUCAUCGCUGACACACAAUUUCCGACCUGUUCAGCCGCUUAACAAUCGGAAAGUCUAUCGAGCCAAGUCUGAAAUGCGUGUACCCCAGGAAGGUGGUGCCAGUAGUAUACCCAUGGUGGAUGCAUGGAAUGCAGCUGAUAUUUCACCACAGCCCAUGUUCUUGGUGGGCAUAUUGAGUGUGGUGUCUACGUUAAUAUUUAUUUAA